AUGGAGGAAUUGAAAUACAGAGUAAAGAAAAGAGAUGGAAGACACAGGGACACAUGGGAUCCAUUCCAGCUGAACCCAGUAGGAGCUGAGAAGGAGAGCAAGAGAAGAUGUUUCCAAAUAGCUCAGUACCUGGUGGCUGUUAUUGUGGGGUUGGCUGUCUUGGCGAGUGCUGUUGUGGCUAAGGGCGCUCUCCUGGUGCUGUCAACAUUGUCCAGUCCAACCUCCAUGCGCAGCCCAAAGGAAAAGCAGUUCUACAUGCUGAUGUUGGUUUUCUGCUUGGUCUGCCCCAAUGUCCUGGUGUUUAUUAAAUCACUGUGGAGGUGUGCCUUCAAGAGCUUUGUACAACCCAACAUGAAGACCAUGUCAUUUAUUUGUACCAUUGAGUGCCUGGUAUCUCUUGGUACUUCAAUACUGGUGCUAGUUGUUAUGCCUCAGUUCGACGUGUUGACUAAUCUCUUCAUCAGCGGAGGAGUCUGCAUUGUGUCUGCAAUCCUGCAGAUUGUUUUCAGACUACAGAGAGAAAUGUGGAAAAUUGUGUUCCCAAUAUGCUCCCUCAUUCUCACACUUGCUGGUUACUGCCUCCUGGGACUUGAUUAUUAUGUUCGUAUAUCAACAUAUGUGGAUAACCAGAGUACCGACUGCUAUAUCUACAUUGGAAUUGGAAUUUUCGCUUCACUACUCGUUUCCCUUUGCUGGUGGGAAAACCCACUGCAAGCUACUAACCGCAUGCAGGAUACAUUGUCAGAACUGGAUGGUUUCAGGGACUUCGUGUUUGUCAUCAGUAGUAUUCUGAGAAUAAUCGUGAUAGGAGGAGUAUACUUGAUAUACCAUGUGCUUAUCGAGAAGUCUAUUGUCUGGUCAGACUUUAACCUGCAGAAUGCUGACUGGGAAUUACUGCAAGUAGGACUGGUGCUGUUUUUCUUACAGGCCUUCUGCUCAGCAGCCUGCCACUGGUUUGGAGUAGUGGCCUGUAAGAUUCAUGCAGUCAGGAUGGGUUUUGCAGUGCCAGUGUGUUGCACGGGACCUGCAGUGUUACUGUUGGGAAUGAUACUUUUCAUAACCCAGGUUCAAAAAUUGGAAGGAGCAGAACAUGGGAACAUCACAGGUAAGUUUAUUUUUUUUUGUGAGAGCUUGGCCUACCUGGGCAGUAAGAACACAACCCCUGUGGCUUUACUGGAGCUCACAAGGAGCAUCUGUCGGACUUCACUUAACAGCUACUACUUACAAUGGCCUUUUUCAAUGCUGGCACUGGAGGGAGUGUGUAUGUGGUCAGGCUUUGUCACAUGUACCUACUACGUAUGGAAAAUCAAGGUCCAGCGUAUAGAAAGAACCUCCCAGCUGUUUGUUCGUCGACUCUAUGAAUCUGCUUUCAUUGACCUCUCUCUGUUACUCAACACUAAGAUGAAGGUGCCACGGGCUAAAAACCAAGACAGCCACGAUGACAUACAAAGCUGUGUGAUCUAUCUGUGUGCCACUAUGUGGCAUGAGACCUAUGAGGAAAUGCUGAAGAUUCUCACCUCCAUGUUCAGGCUGGACCGUUAUCGAGGUGAUCCAAAGGAGGAACACAAGGACUGCUUUGACUUUGAGUGUCACAUUUAUGUGGACGAUGCCUUCAUGACUGAAGAGGAAACAGGAAAGAGGCUGGUUAAUUCUUACGUUAAUGACCUGAUCGAUGUUGUCAUUGAGGUUUAUAGGGUGUUUACCAACAAAGAACCAGAUGAAGUGUCGAUCAUUGAGACUCCCUAUGGUGGCAGGCUGAUCUUUGUUUUGCCAGAAGGCAACAUGCUUUAUAUUCACCUAAAAGACAAAAGUCUCAUCAGGAACAAGAAAAGAUGGUCCCAGAUUAUGUAUAUGUACUAUCUGCUUGGCUGGAAGGGGUACAUUGCCAAGAAUCCUCAGAAGAUCACACACCAGAAUAACCUGUGCAGAGCUAGUCUGGUGUCUUGCGAUGGUGAGAUUUUCCUGUUGCCUCAGUAUGACAAUGACAACAAGAGAAGAUUCAUCUCAGAUGAGAACACAUAUAUCCUGGCACUGGACGGAGACACCGACUUCCACCCUAAAGCUGUGAUUCUACUUGUAGACAGGUUGAGGAUGUAUGACAAUGUAGGUGCAGCGUGCGGUAGAAUCCAUCCUACUGGAAUGGGUCCGAUGGUGUGGUACCAGAAGUUUGAGUAUGCAGUAGGCCACUGGCUACAGAAGACAGCAGAGCAUGUAUUUGGCUCUGUACUGUGCAGCCCAGGAUGUUUCAGUCUGUUUAGAGGGUCUGCCUUGAUGGAUGACAAUGUUUUAAAAAGAUACACAACAACUUCAACCAGAGCUGCUGAAUAUGUGCAGUAUGACCAAGGGGAGGACCGCUGGCUGUGUACUUUGUUACUGCAGGAAGGCUGGCGUGUCGAAUACAACGCUGCAUCAGAUGCAUACACCAACUCACCACAGGAGUUCAAGGAGUUUUACAACCAGAGGAGACGAUGGGGACCCUCUACACUGGCCAAUACACUGGACCUCCUGCACAAUGGUGGCGAGACUGUGAAGAGAAACUCGUCCAUCUCCAGGCUUUACAUCUUCUACCAGAUGUUUACAGUUGGUUCCUCAAUCCUGGGACCAGCCUCUGUGACUCUCAUGAUAGCAGGUGCUUUCCAGUUUGUCUUCGGCCUCUCUGGAACAAAUUCCAUCAUUGUCGCCAGCGUUCCUCCCGUCUUCUACAUCAUCGUCUGUUUUAUAGCCAAGACUAAUAACCAAAUAACCAUCGCUGGCAUUAUGAGUGUUCUGUAUGCAUUCCUCAUGACCGCAUCUUUCUUUUCCAUCAUUGGUGACAUGGUGAUUCAGGGCACCUUCCUGACCCCUACUGGCUUGUUUUUGGUUUCUAUGACAAUCAUGUACUUCAUUACAGCGUUACUACACCCAGAGGAGUUUGGGUUGAUUAUCUAUGGUCUGAUGUAUUUCAUCUGUAUCCCCAGUGGAUACCUCCUACUCACCAUCUACUCCCUGGUUAACAUGAACAAUGUGUCCUGGGGCACAAGGGAAUCCAACAAAGGGUCAGAAUUGAAGAAGAACCAUAAUACUGUGUGUGACAGAACAUGUAAACUGUGCUGCUGGGACAUGAAGAUACAGGUAACGCAGGAAACAGAGAAUCUGAUGCUUCAACAGAUCACAGGCCAGAUUGCACAGCAAGCCCCUCCCCCUCAAAACACCAACCAGGAAAUGACUCAAAAGCCAGCCUCACAGACGCAGCCUCAAGCUAAACCCAGUACCAUCAAAGUAGUUCCUGAUGAAGCUAAGGAACAUCCUAGUGAGAAACCAAAGAGGAAGUCAGCAAAAGGCAGUGACACUGCUUCCACUGACAGUGAUGACAGUGAUGAAAAUGAGACUGUAUCCCUGAGUGCAUCCAGCGAUAUCGAUAAUAACUUUAUGAUUGAUGACCUAGUGGAACCAGAGGAGCUACCUGUCAGUGACUGGGUGACACCAGUGAAAGAAGAGUUUUUGAAAAAGUUAACUUAUGCCAACAUGAAGAGGAAUCUACAAGAACAAAUACGAUACACACUCCGGAACAAAAAUCAUGAUGACGUGUGUGAAGAUUUGGUCUUAAUGUUAACAGACACUCUUAAUGGACAGUUGAGUGGAUUGGGGCCUGAAGAUGUUCUGUCAGAAAGCCAGCUGGACGAGUUAGAAGAUGCACUAUCAGCGCAGGCUCGACGUAUCCUCAAGACCAAUCAGAUGAUGAGAUUAGAGAAGAGAGUGACGACAGCAAUCAAGAAAACAGUCAUCGCCCCACAAGUGCAGAAACUAGAUAAUGGUGAGCACAAAUUCUGGAACAAGGUAAUCGAAGACUACUUGAAGCCUAUCAAGGAAACUGAAGCGCAUAAGGAGGUGGUCAUCAGAGAACUAAAGUCGCUGCGUAACAAGGCUGUCUUCCUGUAUUUCAUCAUCAAUGUGCUGUGGGUGGUAGCUACCUUCUUCCUGCAGGCGAUUGGAAGUGAUGUCAUCAGCAUCCAGAUACCCAAAUACUUCCCCAAUGGAACUCUAUCUGAUGAAUAUCUCAAGGUGGAGCCUCUCAGUUUGAUGUUCCUGUUGUCUUUUGCUAUUCUUCUCAUUAUCCAGUUUCUGGCCAUGCUAUAUCACAGGGUCUACACUCUGAUCCAUGUGGUGUCGUACCGCGGCACAGAGAAAGACUACAAACAGAGAGACGAAGAGGACGAUGAUGAUGGCUUGACUCUAGAGAACCGCAAUGGACUUGUCAUUACCAGUGAUGACCUGUAAUCAGCAACAAUCAACUGUAACCAGAGAAAACCAACACCCAGCACACACUGGCACUGUCAGACGCAGUAGUCAGCAGGUGUCUCACCGUAUUUCUCUUCCACUGAGGAAGUGAAUCGAAUACUUUUUUCCAGCAACACAUAUGCACAUUUUAAUGAUCAAACAGCAGAGACUGUAGCCUGCCAGACAGGCUUUCAAAAAAGGAAAUGUCUUAAUUUAGAUGUCAGGAAAUAAUCUAGUCUACAGAUGUUCUGCAGAGGCUGUUUUGCCUUCUGGCUACUGACAGUUGACUGUAGUCCAGCUGAGGAUGCACAGUGUCAAAAGGGAAAUAAGUUAUAACAGAUCCAAUAUCUUUGUUUGACCAUUUAAAUUAGGAAAUGAUUUGACAUGAGUUCAGGUUUUUUAUGAUAGGACCUCAGGUAGGACUGUUUUAAUGAUCAUGUGUUUUAUUUCAAUACAUUUGCUCUUGACAUUUGUAUUUAUUGUUUUGGCAUAUGGCUGAACGUAUCAGUUCUACUGGCUAAGUGAACAUGUCGGUUGAGACUGCACAACCCAUUACACAUUAAGAGGGUUGAAAGUAAACAUUAAAAAAAAAAUCCUUGUAGUAGAUACAUUUUAAAGAAUUGUCAGUGUUUUCAGGGAAUCUGUUAGCGAUUUUUUUUUUCAUGUUUUCAUCACAAUCAGUUUACUAUAAAUUGCAACAAUGGACUUUGUCUGGAUAAAGCAAAUCAAUGUCUUAUGUUCAAAAAAGUUUAUCUGAGCUCAUUAAUUCAGGAUUUUAAAAUGAGUAUUUUAUUGAAAAGUAUUUUGACUAGAUUAAUAAACAUGAUUUUCACAUUCUUUAUUGUUGAGACUGCAGAAAUGUGUUUAUUCAACUAUGGUCAAAAAGGCAGCUGAACAGUAAUAAAACCAAACUGAAAAUUUAUAACUUGUUACUUUUAGUAAUUAUAUGUUCUAUAAAAGACACCAAUUCAAAGCAUGCACACAUUUCCUGAAUUUUCAUACAGGUGUAUGCAUAUCUAAUCUUACCUGGUAUGUGGGGUGGUAGGCGAGGAAGGUUUGACUGCAGUGCACCAAAAUACAAUUUGCCUGCAGUGACGGGGUGUAUAGGCUACUGGCAUUUAGUGAGACAGGAAAAUGAAAUGGGAUUAAUUGGGCGGGUAGUGACUUGUAUCCAAAACCUUAUUAAAAUCUGUUCUGUGCUUUAGGUGUGGUAUACUGGCAAAACUAACACAGCAGGUUACAUUAACUGAACUGCUAGUGAUCCAUUCAUGCAUUCAUGACUCUAUCUUCUUAAA